AAUUGAAGCGGCAGUAUGGCGGACCGCGGACAGAGUUGUUGUUUUUAUUGACGCUUUGAGGCGCGUCCAGUCCGAUACUUUUUUUUUUAAUUUUCUGUCGGAAUGCUAGUAAACCGGACGAAGAAAGGACUAAGCUUUUUUUUUUUAUUAUAAACAAAAUAACUUUUAAUAGUUUAAAAAACAGGAUAUCAACACUCGCAGGUCAGUUUUAGUUAUGCGUUUACGUCAACAUGUAUUUUUUAACUAAUUUGACAGGUAAUUCACCUCGGUGUCCUCAUUAUUACACAACAAUUAACAUUAAAUUUGUGGACUGAAGUACACGUGGGACAAUCUGAAAACAAUUCUAUAGUCAAAAGUCUUGUUUUUUGAGACAAUAAUGGAUGGAUCAAAAGAAAUAGAGACUACAGCAUCUUUUAAUAAAACCAAAGAAAUAAACAGGACCUAUGUGAUCUCAGCACUCACAAAAUGUGGAGAACACGCUUUUAAAACACCAUCCUCUGGUACCAGACUCACUCUUCAGAGAAAACCAAGCAGCAGAACCGCUCCAAAACACCCUGAAGAACCCACACAGGAGAACCCAGGAGGAGAGAAACGCCUGACCCUUCAGCGCAGGACACGGACAGGCUCCUUAAACACAACCAAAGUCCUGACCGAACCCAAUCCGGCAAGAGAGACCCACCAAACCAUCAAAACACCUGGGAAAGCCUCCUCCAAAACUAGUUCUGAGAAGAUCAGAUCCAUCCAUGAUGAGGGCAAAACCGUUUCGACACCUACAAGAAGAACCCAGUUUGAGAAAUUAAGCGUGAAGAGAGAUGUCUUUGAGAGGCUGGCUGGUAAUGAUGCAUCUAGACCCACAUCCACCAAACACACAACCGCUGGAAGACAGAAGCCAAUGCAGAUGAGCACUGAAACUGCAAAAUCAACAUCUGAGAAGGUUCAGAUUGGUGGUUCAGAAAGGCACAUGACCCCCUCUUCACAUUCAGCACAGGUGAGGAGACCCACAGCCCUAAUGAGCUCCUCGGCUCAUGGAGGAGCAGGUGUUUGUAGAGCCGCUCCUGCUGAAGGACACGCUCCUCUCGAAGCUGUGAGCAGAGCUAGUGCUCCACAACCCCAAGAGCUGAAGAUGGAGAACAGCGCGGUCACGGUCGCAGUCCGAGUAAGACCUUUCUGUUCAAGGGAGAAGAAGGAGAAAGCCCAUCAAGUCAUCUUCAUGAAGGACCAUGAAACUGUUGUGCAGCAUCCAGAUAAUAAACAAAGCUACACAUUUACCUUUGACUUCUCUUUUUGCUCCGUCGACGAAUCGGAUGCAAGCUUUGCCAGUCAGCAGAUGGUUUAUGAAAAACUGGCUCGGCCCUUGCUUGAAAGAGCGUUUGAAGGAUUUAAUACGUGUCUUUUUGCAUAUGGCCAAACGGGUUCGGGAAAGUCCUACACUAUGAUGGGUUUCGGUGAAGAGGCUGGCGUUAUUCCCAGAUUCUGCAAGGAACUUUUCUCCAGAUUGUCUCGAACUGAAAACAAAGAGAUCUCCUGCCAUCUGGAGAUGAGCUAUUUUGAGGUGUACAAUGAGAAAAUCCACGAUUUGCUGGUGGCAAAGGACGAGCAAAACCAGAAGAAAAUGCCUCUGCGUGUCAGAGAGCAUCCUGUCUUUGGGCCUUAUGUUGCAGACCUGUCCACGAAUGUUGUCACAUCUUAUGCCGAUAUUAAGACUUGGCUUGAACUCGGUAACAAACAGAGAGCCACGGCCGCCACCGGCAUGAACGAUAAAAGCUCCAGAUCACACUCUGUUUUCACUCUGGUCAUGAUGCAAACUAAAACAGAGUUUGUGGAGGGAGAGGAGCACGAUCACUGCAUCACCAGCCGGAUAAACCUGGUGGAUCUGGCAGGAAGUGAGCGCUGCACUUCAGCCCAGACCAGUGGAGACCGGCUCAGGGAGGGAGUGAGUAUCAACAAGUCUCUGCUCACGCUGGGAAAGGUGAUCUCGUCACUGUCAGAACAGGCUCAGACCAGAAAGAAAGUCUUCACGCCGUACAGAGAGUCAGUGCUCACAUGGUUACUGAAGGAAAGCCUCGGUGGAAACUCCAAGACGGCUAUGAUCGCCACCCUGAGUCCUGCGGCCUGUAACAUGGAGGAGAGCCUGAGCACGUUACGCUACGCCCAGCAGGCCCGUAUGAUCAUCAACAUAGCCAAAGUCAACGAGGACACCAAUGCCAAACUGAUCCGAGAGCUGAAAGCAGAGGUGGAGAAGCUCCGUGCGGCUCAGAUGAGCUCUCAGGGCAUCGAGCCGGAGAAAAUGAGACUGUUUCAGCAAGAGAUCGCCUCUCUUAAGACUAAACUCUCACAACAGGAGCACGACAUGGCCGAAGCGCACAGAACUUGGAAAGAAAAGCUGGAAGAGGCAGAGAGGAGGAAACGAGAAGAAACCAAAGAGCUGCAGCGCGCCGGGGUCACCUUUAAAGUGGAUAAUCGGCUGCCUAACCUUGUGAACCUGAAUGAGGAUCCGCAGCUGUCAGAGAUGCUGCUGUACAUGAUUAAAGAGGGCGAGACCAAGGUCGGCAAGCUCAAGUCUGAGUCGGCCCACGACAUCCAGCUGUCUGGAGCUCUCAUCGCCGAUGAGCACUGUGUCAUCUCUAGUGUGAAAGGUACCGUCAGUAUUAAACCGAUGGCAAAUGCCAAGACCUUCGUGAAUGGACAUCUUGUGUCUGAGUGCACCGUCCUCCACCACGGAGACCGUGUGAUUCUUGGAGGAGAUCACUAUUUUCGGUUCAACCACCCCGCUGAGGUUCAGAGCGGGAAGCGCGCGUCCUGUUGGAACAGUGGAGAUGGUCAAAAGGACUUCGAGUUUGCCAAAAACGAGCUGCUGUUGGCCCAGAGAGCUCAACUUGAAGCAGAGAUUGAGGCAGCUCGGUUGAAGGCCAAAGAGGAGAUGAUGCAGGGCAUUCAGGUGGCAAAAGAGAUGGCACAGAAAGAGCUGAGCGAGCUGAAGAGUCAGUACGAGAAGAGGAUCAAAGGUCUGGAGCGAGAGCUGGAGGAGGAGAGUGAACGGAAGAGAGUUCAGGAGCUGGAUAAAAAGAGGGUGGUCUGUCAGAUAGAGCAACUGCAGACAGCAAAGUCUCUGCUGGAGCAGGAAGUCCACUCCCAUAAUAGACGUCUGCAGAUGGAGGCCCAAGCUACAAGACAGGCGAUGGCCGAUCAUGAUAUCCGGCAUGCUAAAAUUGUAGAGGCGCUUGAAGCAGAGAAGAGGAAGAUUGCAGAAGAUCUUGCUCAGAUUGAGAGAAAGCGUGCUCAUAAAAUGCUCCACGCCACUAAAACAGCCCACCCACAGUGGGAUUCCUUGAAGCUGUCUUUGAUGAUUGAAGAAGCUAACAAAAUCAGUGCCAAUCUCAGGAAACACACAGUCUUCAGCAGACAUGAGGCGACCGAUAAAGUGGGCGAGGGUGGAGACGCCCAACUGCAGGUCCAAGUUCAGAACACCAAACUGGGAAUUUCCACCUUCUGGAGUCUGGAGAAGUUCCAGAGCAACUUGGCUGCCAUGAGAGAGCUUGAGCAGGGGGAGAGCGCCUCUAAAGAUGAAGACGUGUUUUACAACCCUAAUGAUGAGUGGGAACCAGACCUAUCUGCCUCUUCCUCAACCUCAUCUUUCUCUCGCAGAAGGAGUAGAAGUUUGCUAAAGAGCAGGAGGAUUUCUGGCCGUCUCUAUGAGAUCCGAGUGCACCCUAUUCAAAGCCUACAUUGUGCUCCCUCACGGUCCACUGGGCUGAUGAACAAGCCCCCCUCUCUGCACCCCAGCACUUCUGACUCCGCCCUCCCAGCCAUCUGCAAAGAUCUGAUUGGCUCGGCCGUUGCUCGUCUGCGCUCCUGCCAGUCAGCUGAGGAAAGCGAAAGCUUGGCCGACAAACUGACCCUGGAUCUGCUGGCGGUUCACCGUGCCGUGAGGUCCAUCGCAGACCUCUACGAGCACCUUGACGACGACAGUCAGGAGAACUUGUUUGCCUGCAGUACUGAAGCCCAGACUCAUCUAGUGAAGGCCACGUCUGCUGUUGAAAGGGCUGUGUUCAUAACCAUGCAUUGGGUCUCCAGCAUUAAGCCCAGCUCUGAUUCAGUGUCUCCGAGAGCUGAGGAGCUCAAGACUGAGGUCAAGAAAAUUGGAGGCUACCUUCAGUUACUCAUUCAGGGCUGUGACUCUGAGAUCUCCUCCAUGGUAACAGAGGCCCAGAGGAAGGUUGCCAAGUGUAUGAAAGUGGCUCUCAAAACCAUCGGUUUGCUGGCGGCAGUGAAUGGGAUGGAUCUUCGUUUGAUUGAACAGGGUUCAGAAAUCAUAGACAACGUGGGCAUAUUUCUUUUGCAAGCUGACGUUUACAGCCCUAUAAGGUCAGUUGUGGAUUCUUUGCGGGAUGGGAUGCGUCAGAGUGUGACUGAUCUUCUCCUCAUAGGUCAGAGGAUCGCUACUGAGAUGCAGAGAGAUCUUUCAUCUGCUCAUAUACCGAGUCAGAAAUCCAAUGCAAUGGAUGUCGCCAGCAGUCUGCAGAGCUACUUCCGCUGCUGUUUGUCGCAAAGGUCAGAAACGUUUGAGGAUCGUUCGGAGGAUGAUGAAGGCUCAGACUUGUGUGCCAUUAAGAACACCACCGCUAAACUCCUCAAGCUGAACCAAGCGAUCAAAGAUCUCCACUCAUCUUUAUUGCAUUCUCUGAAGGGGAGGGGCAGCGACGUUGGCCUUAGUCAGACGAUACAGUCUGUAUCCAGGACAAUUGAUGACCUCAUCAACGGCCUUUCAUACGAAACAGCUGGGAGACGUUCCGACAGUCUCAAGCUUCCAUGUGAGAAGAACAUCAUGGCCUCCCGUGAUCAAGUGCACUCGGCGCUGAAGGCUUUGACAGCAGCGUUCAAUAAAAGCACAGACGGAAUAGAGACGCUGGACACAGACAGACAGUUCAUUCAGUCGGGUUAUGGCAGCAGAAAUCGAACCGUUCCUAAAGUUGUGUAUUCUCUUUCCUCCGGCAUUAGCGAGAGUUCCAGAGAUGUCCGCUGGGUGUGAUUGGGAUAGCCACAGAUUGAAGUCAUGUACUAGUACUAGUCUACUAUAUUGGGUAUAAUGGUUAAUGCUAAGGUUGGCUCACUUUUCAUUUUGAUGUAUAUACAGUAUGCACUCAUUCAGGCCUACAAUAGUUUGUUUGCUAAUUUAACUGUAUGAUUUUAAAGAAGAACUUAAUUGUAUAACUUCCGAAGAUGGGUUUCUGUGUAUUUUGCAAGCACCUAGGUCUUUUCUAACUCAUGCGGAAAAGUACUUCUGGAUAUAUAUUUGCACUUGAAACCUUUGCACAGGCUUGGGCGCACUGGUAUGGAGACUUGAUUUUUAUCAUUUGCCGUACCGUUUACUCUGGAUCAUGUAAUUGUUCCACACUAAUUUAUACUUUCAGUAAUAAACACUCACUGG